AUGCUAUAACAAAUAACAUUAAGAAAAUUACCAAUUUUCUCAAAUAAAUUAAUGAGCAUGACUAUAAUAAAAGUGACUAUUCUAUUCAAAAUUAUAUUGAAACAUUCCAAUCUCUUAUUAAUAAGAUAAAAAGAGAAUAUUAUAUCUUUUUUUUAAUUUCUUGUUCAACUUAUUGCUAUAGAUGAAAAUUUGAUAUAAUAAUGUGGAUCAAAUUUACUAGAUUUAUUAAUAUAGAUGAAAGUUGAUCAAAAAUUUCAAUUUUUUAAAAGAUUAAGAUUCGAUACACUUCAUUGCAGGGUGCCAAUUUAUUUAAAUGCAAUUUAAGUAGAUCUGAAUUUGAUAAUGUAGGUAUAAGCUGGGUUAAUUUAAAUGGAGCAUUAUUAAUUAAUUGCCAAUGGAGAACAUCAAAACACAUGAAUUGAAUAAAUUGGAUGGUCUUAGUGGAACUGUUCAAUCUUUAUGCUUCUAGCUGGAUUGUACUACAUUUGCAUCAGGUGAUAAAUCCAUUCGGUAAUGGGAUUUUUAGACAGGAUAAACAAAAGCAAAAUUUGAAGGUUAUAAUGGAAGAGUUCUCCCAGUUUGUUUUUCUCCUGAUGGGAAUAUACUAGCAUCAGGUAGUGAUGAUAAGUCUAUUCGUUUAUGA